AUGACUGUUGGUUCUGCACUCUGGGUUCCCGAAGCUUCUUCCUGGCUGGCUGGGUUCCAUGGGAAGAAGCUCCCCAUGCAUGACAUGGUUUACUGUAUAGUGUUACUGUGGUAG